AUGCCGCUCAUCGACGAGUGGCCAGUACACACCGAAAAAGCCUGGAGUGCCUUAGAGGAAAGGCGGCCCACAAUUGUCAUUAUAUCAAUGAGAUAUGUGUUCCGACAUGGAGACUAUGACCGCUUUGGAAAAGAGGGCAAAGAUCCACGAUCGCAGCGAUUUUUAGAAGUUUUACAGCGCUUGAGCAACCUAACGCAGCGGAUCUUCAUCGACCUCGACUUCCCGUUCAGCUGCGAGAUCCGAUCGCGCCCCUACCUCCCAAAUAUGAAGAACUUCAUGUCCAACUAUUUGGACCGUAUCGAGAGAGGGGUCGAAGUCGACUCAAUGCAUAUUCCGAUGAAUGUCAAGCAAUUCGAGCAAAAUCCCACCCGAAAUCGGCUGCAUGCCAUU